AUGAGAAAGAAGUAUGAGGAGGAUGAUGAUGAUGAUGAUGUAAAACAGGGUGUUUCAGUCUAAACUGGUGCAAUCCAAGGUGUAUCAGUCUAAACAACAAAGAGAUAGGGAAGUCAGCUGAGAGAGGAGUCGUCACUCCAUUCCAGGAAUGCUCUCCAGGAACCACUGGGGAAUAAAAGUUCUUACCUCUGUUUUACAGUAGAGGAGUUUCUGCAAAAGCUACCUUAUACCAAGUCACACCACUGGUUCACCUAGCUCAGUACUGCCUACACUGACUGGCAGCAGCUGUCCAAGGUCUCUCCCAGCCCGAGAUGCCAAGGACUGGACCUAGGACCAUUUGCAUGCAAGGAAGGUGUUCUGUAUCUGAGCUAUAUGGCCCUUCCUUCUGCAUUUGGGAGAUUUAACAGAACAAGAAGAGCCCUGCUGGAUCGGAUGGGGGUGGGGAAUCCAUCUAGUUCUGCAUCCUGUGCCCUGCCAGGUACAACAAUAAAAGUCAACCUAGCUUGAACAAAUGCUUGGUUAUUGCCAAGCCACCACAAUGUUCUUCUCACACACUUGACAAAAGAAAUGUUUAAGCCUGGCUCCCAAGUAAGUGUGUACUGUGGAGAGUCCCAGUACAUGAGACAGAUGCUCCUAUGCAUGCAAAGUAGAACAGAACACAUGCAUCUGAACAAGCAGACUGUGCAGUGAUGCCAAUAGCCAAAAUGAACAACAAUCUAAAUUUGAUGCAUAUAAUUAUAUGAAAUUUAACUCAUUGAUAAUAUGCUUCAAUGAAACCAUUAAUAUUCCUGGAGAAUUGAUUAAUGUUCUAUGGAGUUUUGGGGGCACAUUCAAAAUUUAAGGAAGUGGUAGAUUUAGUAAAAAUAUUAAUUAAACUUGCAUAUGAUUAACAAUUUAAUCUAUUUGCAACUAAUUUAAGAGUAAUUAAAGUAAUUUACUAGUGUCAAAUUGCAUUUGCUUCGUCACUGAGGGCCAGCUGCAAUUCUAUACAUGAGGAAGGCUGGACUAACUAACUACUUUCCUAUGAGUAAGCCACUUUAGUAGUAAUAACUAUUAUUUAUACCCCACCCAUCCGGCUGGGUUUCCCCAGCCACUCUGGGCAGCUUAGAGCAUAUAUAAAAAACCUAACAAAAUAUCAAACAUUAAAUAAGAAUAAUUUUAAUUGCAUUCAGUAGGGCUUACUUGUGAGUAGACAUGAAGUUGCUUGCACCGCUUACCAACAAGCACGAAGCAUCAACCCACCCACCCCGUCUCACCUCACAACUACCCAAUCUCCCAUUUCAGCAUCAGGCUACCACUGUUAAAUCUCCCCUGCCUUCAUUUCCCCCUGCUGUGACAGAGAAGGGCCCUGCCCCAAAGGACCCAUCAAAGAAUGGGAGGGCAUGCGAGCAAAAGCAUCAUUUAAUUUUUUUUAAUUAAAAUUUUACAUUUAAAUAAAACAUCACAAUAGUCUUAUUACUGGGAGGGACUCCACCGCAGCAUAAAGCCCUGCGCCAGCCUCAGACAGGCAGCAAGAAGGCACCAGGGUGGCUCGCACACCUACCAAGAAGAACCUCGUGGAGCCUCACCUGCGGGCGCGCUCUGCCUUCCCUCCUUUUAUCCCUGGAGCAGGGCGGGCGGACAACGCUCACUCCAGCUCCACAGCCAAUCAGGCAGCGCCAGUGCGAAUGGCAAGCUAAACAACCAACCGCUGCAGUUUCUCCAUGCCGUGCAAACCCCUCGCUAUUUUAAGCCUCGCGAUUUAAGACGUGCAGCGCGUGGGGAGGAGGAGGAGCAGAACCAGCACCAGCCGCCUCCACCCCCCCCCCCCGCCUUGAACUCCCGCCGGAAGACAGAUUCCGCGCCUCCGGGCUAGCCACGCCCUCCUUCCGCCGAAGAAAUCCCACAGCCUUGCCUUUCGCCCCGCCCCCUCCUCGGCCCGGCGGUCGUUAUCCGGAAGUACACCUCCCAGGGAGAACAUCCGGCUGCCGCUCUAGGCGGCGGGGAUGCGGGCUCUGUCUAUGGUGUUCGCGCGCUUUGUGAUGUUUUAUUGUGUCGCGGGGAUUCGGUGGCCUCGAGACCCGGAACAGCUAGAGAAAGAGGCGGCGGCGUCGUGUUGGAACGGCGGCGGCGACGGGUCGCGCAGCGACUGGGCUGCGCGGGAGCCUAUAGGAUUUCGGUGAGGAAGAGAAGGGGAGAGGGAUCAGCGGCCGUUGCGCGGCAGUAACGGUCCUCGCGUCGCUAAGGCGUCCUCCGCCGGGCCGGGGGGGGAGAGGGGGAGGGGCAGAUCCGAGGGGCUUCCCUGCUCCCGCCGCCCCUUCUUGCACCUGGGAAGGAACCGAGCACCGAAAAGAAGGCGGGAUUCGUGUGUCCUAAAACUAAGCAAAAUUGGGCAGCUGCUUUUCUACCCGGGGCGGGGGAAUCUCCCUCCCUCCUCCGCCCGCCCCGCUUCCCCUGUCUUCCUUCUUCCCCGCGCAUACCGCUGCAUGUGAAGCGCAGCCCCCUCCUUCUCCGUAGGAAGGGAAGAAGCGCAGGAGGAGGCAGGAGAGCAGGUAACCCAGCAUCCCUCCCCCACCCCCGUCCGCAGACUCUGGUUUGUCUCCUGGCAACCCUGGGUGACUCAGAUUAGCCAGGAGCCUUUAGGAAUAGGGACCUGCUCUGAUCACUGCCAACAGGGUUUAGGAGAGAAUUGUCUUUUUUUUAAAAAAACGAAUUCUCUUCCCCCCACCACCUACCCACCACCUCCGUCUCUCCUAAUGGCAAACGCUGAACUCCCGUGCCAUAUCGGUAUUGCAGUGAAAUUAGCCUAUGUGCAGACAAGAAAGAGGUUUCAGUUCUCGAUGGGAUUGCGGCUCAUGUAAAGGACCGAACUUGCACUCUGGCGUGGCCGACAGAGCCAGGAUUGUCACUGGAAGGGGCAUGCAGCACCCAUCGCAAGUUAGAGUUAAUGCAACCCCUUCUGGAUAAAGCUUGGCCAGAGUUGUUCAUCGCCUUGGUAAUUUCUAGUCUGGAUUACUGUAAUCACUUGUAUAUAUAGGACUGCCUUUGAAGAUUCUCAAAAAUUUGAGUUAGUACAAACCACAGCUACAAGGUUACUAACUUGGGUUGGUUAUAGAGAGACCAUAUCAUUUUGCCAGUUCUUAAACAGCUAUACUUGUUUUCUGCUCUGUUUCUGGGCACAGUUCUGAGUCCUGGUUUUCUAUAAUGUCCUAAAUGACUUCAAGCCUGCCCACCUGCCCAAACACUACAGUGCGUACCAGAGGCUUUUUUCUGAGUGCCACCACCAUCUGAGUUUAGGCAACUGAUGACCAGAGAGAAGGUUGUCUUGACUGUAGAGCCUUCAUAUGGAAUGCCUUACUAAAGAAGCAUCCCUCUAGGAAUAUAUAUACCUUUAUUAUGAGGUAUCACAUAAGACUGCUGUGGUUCAGUUGCCCUGCAGAGCCAAUUGUUAAGGUUAAAGGCUAGAAACUUGUAUGUAUACAAGUAUCAAGGCUUGGGAAAUGAAUUAAUGCCUCUUGAAUAGCUAGAAAGUGUAAUAUCUUUGUAUGUACUACAAAGACCUGGGUGGGUGAGCUGGGUGGAUUGGCUAUGACUCAGCUUUACCAGCCCAGGUACUCUGUGCAGCACCAACAAAUAUGUGUAUGCUCAUCCAUAGAGUUUCAAUCUGUCUUACUCGAAAACUUGUUUGGGAGCUGGAUUGUGAGGCUUUCUACCUGAUGUUUGGCUGGAGAGACAGAAAAUGAUCUUUGGCUUUCACUACAGGGUAUACAUUAGGAGUGAGCCAGUGGAAGGGGCAUGUGUAUGUUGCCCUAUUGUCAUAGACAGACUACUCCCUGGCGAUAUUUGGUGUGAUUGUAGCUGACUUCCCCUGAAGGGUAGGGAAGAUGGCCCUUUUCCAAAGAUUUAUGGUACCUAAGGGAUUCCUGAGCACACUGGAUUUUUCAGCCCUUGCUCCAAGGGAUUUUCCAGGCAGCACUGCUGGUGCUCCAGUCUCACUGUGGAACACCAGGAUGAUCAGGGCUAUCAACACAAUCAUUCCAGAAAGUCAUGAGGAGCCCAGAAGGUUCCUUGUUUUUCCGAGGACCUGGAAAGCAAUGAAGCAGGCUGGUAGAUGGCCACAGUGACACCAGUGCCAUCAGUGAACCACCCAGCAGAGCUUUCUCACAUGGUGAGCAGGCUGGUCAAGUCCAGUUUGGGAGCAGAAACUGCUAACCACUCAGUAGCAAAACACUGAGAGCAAAGUCAGUUGCAUCCAUUCGUAACUUGACAUGGCAGUUGCUGCUGUCUGUGGAGGCUUUUAGAGCACUGUCUGGUCAAAAUUUGUGAGAUAAACAUCAGUUGUUACAGCCUGAGGAUGCUGGCAGGCUUUUUUUUUAAAAAAAAAAAUCAAAACAGAGUGGUAUCCAUUGUUAUACCCAUUGAAAUCAAUGGACUUAAGUUAGAAAGGCUGUUGAUUUCAGUGGGUCACCUCUGAGUAUGACUUACUUGGAUAUCACCCAAUACUAGUAGUAAUAAUAAAUAAUAUUAUUUUUAAAGUGACACGUCUUUGUGACACUAUCCAUAGGAAAAAUUAUAGAAUUAUCUCCUUGGUGCUAUCCUGAAUUCAUCCCUAGUUGUUUUGCAAAGACUUGUCAUGCUUUUCAAAGCAGGACUUGUAGGAUAUUGAGGCAUUAAGACGUUUUUUCUAGAUAACUGACCUGUAUACCUUCUCUCCUUCACCACAAUCAAGGAUGUGAUCUUCAUGGUGUCGUGUUGGAAUCUUGA